AUGGUCGGCUGUCUACGCCGCCUCAGUAGAAGUCUAUCACAGUGGAUGGUGAGCCGCGGAGCCCGUUGCUUCGUAUUCCUUGGCCGCACAGGUCUAGCCAAGCCAGCUGCCAGGCAAAUUGUCCAGGAGCUGAAAGAGACUGGUGGACGCUGUACCGUCGUAACCGGCGACGACAUUGUGUACGAAGACGUCGAGCGUGUAGUAGCGGCAGCAGUUGCUGAUGCGCCUCUAGGGGGAGUGAUUCAGGCGGCUAUGAGCCUCCACGAAGCCAUCUUCGAGCACAUGCCUCGCGCGCACUAG